AUGAUGAGAAUCAGAACAUUGAAGAAGGACUUAAUAACUCUUUGGUAAAAGCGUUACAAGUGCAGAUUUUGAAAGCACGUUGGAUAAAGACGAUCAAGAGGAUACUGAUUUGGAAAGAAGUAUGGAAACCUUAGAUGAAGAUUCAGACCCGGAAAUGAAUUUGCCCCUUAUUAAUUUCAUGCCAAUAAUGGCAAAAGCUCAAGAUCAUUCUUCAAGUGAAGACUCUGACAUGGAAAAAGAUCAAGAUCAUUCUUCAGAUGCAGACUCAGAAAUGGACACUUCACUACCAAGUAAGUCCGAGAAUAAGUUGGAUACAAAUAAUUCAUCAGCAUCAGUCUGCUUUAAGGGUAAAUUGUUUCGAUGUGUUUCUCCUAUUUCGCUUGAUUUAAUAGAUAAAGGAACUUGGCUUCUGGUGUGUUUUCCAACAAAAUAUCGAAAUAGACAAAGAAAUAAAUAUUUUAUCGGACAAGUCAUUAAUAUUACAGAAAAUGACAUUGAAGCCACUUUCUUAAGAAGUCGCCCCACCAAACACUCGUCAGGAUAUAUUUAUGGAUUUCCAGAAGUUCCGGAUGUUUCCACCUUUCAUUUUAGCCAGGUUGUUGGAGAGGUUUUCCCAGUUCAUGACGAGAUAGAAGCAUCUACGUCAAGAAGAGACAUUUUAAAAAUUUAAUUUGCAUCAAAGUUGUUUAAUUUAAAUAAUAUGUUUAAACUUGUUACAUUUCUAUAGAAAUAAAUGUUUUUUUUGUAAAAUUGGUGUUUUUGUCAGUUUUUUUUGUGUAUUUAUAUUUUUUUAUCAAUUUAAAAAUUUUUUCAGGUUUUUCUAUUCGCCUUCGUGUGGGUAGAAUAGCAAAUUUGACCAAUUUAAAUGGGUGUUUCUAUUCACCCCACAUUAAGGGUGAAUAGAAAAAGAGCGUUUUUAUUUUUUAUUUGGAAAACCCCCUAUUUUAAAAAAAUCUAUUAUGCGCUUUUUGAUCUACAAGUCGAGACCUGUAGAUUCCUUAUUUUUUGUUGUCAAAAAGGUUCUAAUCCACGCAAAUGGAGUAAUAGAAUGCUUGGACCAAGGCAGUUUUCCGCACCCGAUUUCGUGCAAGAAAUUCAUAUCUUGCGCUAAAAUGGAGGACGGACAGCUGUUAGGUUGGGAGUACACGUGCCCUAAGGAGUUGAGUUUCGACCCAAUUGGAGGCAUGUGCAACUGGUCGGCAGACGUUGGGUGCAACGAGUGAUAUGUGUGAUAUAUAGUGAUAAGGAAUAUGGAACUUAAAGUGAAAAUGUUAGAAAUAUGGUCGUUAUUUUUAAAAAAAGAUGCGAAAAUGUAUACCUACGUGUAGAAAAGACGUCAGUGGCUUUCUGCAAAUGUUUGUUACAGGCAACAAAAUGUUAAGUGUUUAGAAGGAAGAUAUGUAGAAGACAUAAAAUAUCAGGAGAAAGCAGGGAAUAUUCUUAUCAGAUGAUAGGUACAGUUUUUUACCAGAAUUGCCAGUUUUAAGAAAUACCAAAACAGAAGUUUGUAAUAUAGAUCCGUAUUUGAUUUAUUUGUUAGUUCAAAUAACACCAUACAAAUAUGACAAUGUUUUUAUGAUAAACAUGUAAAAUUUGUAAACUACAAUUUUUCUAUGAAGUUCAAAUACACUACUCAAAAAAAUAAAGGAAACUAGAAAGAAAAUCAAAAUUGUUCGGUGAUCUUUGACAGGUUAUAUUUCGGUUUCUUAACGCGGAUUCAAGAAUAUGUCGGUCCAGAGAAACAGUACAAUAAAAUACAUUGAGGAAUAAAAAAACCUAAACACAUUAGUAGCACUCCCAAAAGUGCAGUCGAUUUUCAAAACAAGGCAUAAAGUAACUUUUUUUAAUCAAUACUAAGGAAAGAAAGAAUCUUCAAAGAUUGCAAUCAAAUCUUAUAGGGGGUUUAAUCCACUUUUCAGAAAUACCCUUAUGGUAUUUUCUGUGUGCAGCCACUGGUUACCAAGAUAUCAGUGGUUGUUGAGAAAAGGGUCUACAAUUAACAGUGACGCACAUGGUUGCCACAUUACUCAAAACUACUGGAUCCUAGGAAAUAAACCAGAAUGUGACAACACAGAAAACUGUUACCAACAUAAAUGUACCCGGGAAAUUCAAACUAUACGUACCAAUGUAGGAUCUAUUUUGCAUUAAGGUUGGCAUUCAAAUUUACUAAAUAUGACGAAACCGCUUUGUUUCAGUGAAAGGACUUUAUCUCAACGCCAAAUAAUCAUAUCGAAAUUUCCAAAACAGGAUAAUGAGGCUGAAUAAACGGCAUAUCUGAUCCAUAUGAUAGCCUAACAAAAAAAAUUUCAAUCCCAUGGCACAGGGUACUAUAAAGUGCCCAUGGAGUAAAAGGAAGAAGGCAAAAAAAGAAGUUUACCCAAAACACAGCUUGUUAAAGAUCACCGGAAAAUUUUGACUUUUUUGUUGUUCCCUUAAUUUUUUCAGAAGUUUAUAAAAUACGAAUCGUGGAAAUACACAUUAAAAAAACAUUAGCCGAUAUGUUCUCAAAAAGACUUUCUAAACAAUUUUAUUUAUGAAUUAUUUUUUCAUAUAAUUUAUAUUUUUGUAGCAUAAUGUAUAUAAAA